AUGGAUGACAUCGCGUUGCUGGUGACGGAGCAGUUCGAGAAGAAUUUGAAGAGAGGCGACCCGGGGGCCGGCGCCGGCGGGGACAGCGGCAGCGGCGGCGAGAGGAGGAACUUCGGGGCCGUGGCCAAGGUGUGGAGCUCGUGGGUGGAGUCCGCCUCUGCCGCCGCGUCCGGGGCGGGGGUCAGCGUCGCCGUGCAGCUGCUGGAGCCCAAGACCGGGCUCGCCCUGGCCGCCGCCGACGGCCUCUUCUCCGCCUAG